AUGAACCAGGAAGAGCCCUCCCUCAGUGCCGCUUCGGAUGUCCAAUAUUCGAAUUCAGCCAUCCAGGCCGGCGACCCCGUGGGGGAAAGGACUUCUAGUUCGUCGCUUUCGAAUGGGCCUCCGCCGAGGAAACGAGCGCCACUAGCGAGUGUUGCUUGUCAGGACUGUAGAAGACGAAAAACCAAGUGUGAUGGCGGAAAACCUUCUUGCAGCAAUUGUACCAAACGCGGUGUCCCGUCAUGCACAUACGACCUCGAGCCCAAUCAGUCCCGUGUGGCUGCUUACAAGCAAAAAAUUGAGCAACAAAUCUCAUCUAUCAAAAAGUUGGAAGAGGAAAUAGAGGUAUUGAAAAGCUCUUCUUUUCACUCUGGAGGUGUGGUUGUUCGGAAUCCAAUAUCUGAACCAACCCCCUCAUCGUCUAACAAUCCUUCAGGCGGAGUUCCAAUGCGACUUCUCCUCAAUCCUGCUCCGGAGCCCAAUGGCGUUUCUUCUGAUCAGAGGUCUCCAAAUACCAUCGCCCCAUAUCUCGCAGCUUCACUUCCACCUGUGCAGACGGUCAACAGAGAAGCAGAGUUAUUAUAUCAUCACCGCAACCUCGAGAUUGAAAUGCGCAAACUCCAGGAUGAAAACCGCACACUCAGAACGCUAAUUUCGUUACUCAAUUCUAUCGAUGACCGAAAUACAGCACAAAAUAUGGCCAAAGAAAUUCACACCCAUGGUGUCUCGGAUGAUCUGCUUUCUAGAGCUCAACAUUUGGUUGCCUCGCAAGUAUGGAAUCCUUUGCUUCCAGAUCUGCAUGACCAAGCUAAAUUACAGCCUCAGCGGCCGCCUGGACGAAUCGCAGAGAACCCGUGGUCGGUGCCAUGA